CAAAAGUAUUAGUGACGGGAGAUGAAGACGAGGGUAUGAGCCAAAAUGCCCAAACUCUUUGCCUGCAGCCAUAACUUGUGCAUUUCAUCGGCAUCACCAGCUCAUACUCAACACAGUUGUAGCACAACAUGGAAGGGUGUCAAGCAACAAAAACAGAGAAACAUGAUUCCGGCGGCCUCAAAAUCCGGCGGCUUUUCACUUAACUCGAUCUUGAAAAGAUGUGAAGCGUGUGGAGGCAAAGGUGCAGUUGAAUGUAGAGGAUGCAAGGGAACUGGAAGGAAUAAGAAGAAUGGAAAUAUUUUUGAGCGUUGGAAGUGUUAUGAUUGUCAAGGAUUUGGACUGGUUAGUUGUCCAAGCUGUGGAAAAGGAGGGCUUACACCAGAGCAAAGAGGGGAAAGAUAAAAAGUUUUAUAUGGAUUUUGGGACAUUAAAAGUGUAUUUCCAUUGUUGAUCAUAAACAUAAAUCUCUUUACUUAU